AUAUUUUUGCUUGCUUUUUCUGUGAUAGAUUUAGUUUGUAUGUCAUGAGCAUACUUCUGCAGAGCUUUUCAUUGUUCAAGACUAAGAUUUAAUAUCUUUCAUGCCUCAGGGGAAUAUGAUGCAGUCAUUGUAUGCCUAGGUGCCAAGGUGAACAUGCUUCCUGAGAUCUCUGGGAGGCUUCCUUUGAGAACCUGUAGGGGUGUAAUUGUACACCUGGAAUUGCCUGAUGAUACGAAAGGUUAUCCUGAAAAUGGGCCGUCUAUAUUAUCAGAUGCAUGGAUUUCUGUUCAGGGCCCUCGCAGUCUGAAUCUGGGCUCAACUUGGGAGUGGAAAUCCAUAAAUUCAUCACGAAAUGUUUCAACUGAUGAAGCUUCAGAAGCUCUUCUACAGCUUUUACCAAAGGCAUCUUCCGUUUAUCCGGGAAUAAAGGAUUGGGUUUUCAAUGGAGCAAGAGCUGGUCUAAGGGCAAUGCCUCCACUCACGCCGCUUGGAUCACUUCCACUUUUGGGUUGUAUCAACGAUAUCAUAGGCGGAAAUCAUACUUGUAAGUAUUGGUUAUUUGGAGGACUAGGCUCAAGAGGAUUGUUAUACCAUGGUUGGCUUGGUAAUUUGAUGGCACACGCUGUGCUUUCCUGUAAUGAAGAAGUAAUUUCAUCCGAAUUGACAUCUUGGAAAGCGUCUAAACCCAAAUUUUAGCGUUGUUUAUACAUUAUAACAUUGUUGAGUUUAGAAAAUAAUUUUUUUCCUGUGCUUUGAAUCUUAGAUAACUUUACUAUGUGAUGCGUAAGGAAAGUAACAAAUUAUUGGUUGUAUAUAUAUGUUGAAUUUCACGCUGACAUCAAACAGUCUAAGACAACUGGAGUGUUUGAAAUCCUCCAAUAUGCAGGCAGUUGUCCAAUUUCCACAUCGAUAAAGUGUAACGGAUAGAAUAAGUAGGAGAAAUAUGAAUAAGACAAGCUUUGGUGAACAUACGAUAAUUCAAUAGAUGGUAAUAGAAAUUAUAAAUAAAUGAUAAACUUUUCCUCUUUUUGAAAAUUUUUUCCUUUUUAAGUUU